AUGGCAAAUUCUGGAAAUGGAGGCAACACUGCCCCAGGCUCCUGCGCGGUUGCACCCGUCAACCUAAAGACAAAAGCCGCGUCCGCCAACCCUGCACGGAGAGGAAGCGAGCCACCGAGAACCCGAGUCCUCUUCCUCUCAACAACCAGGACCGAUCUCAAGGUCGAAGCAGAGUUUGAUACACAGGCCCAGGCCACCAGCCUCCAUGAAGUCCUCGACGCUGCCCAUGAGGAGAGCGGAGUGCUGUCGCACCGCAUCCUCAAGGUCAAGGAGAAGGUGAUGGAAUGCACGGGCACCAUGAGUGAGCACGCCGCCGACAUCAGCGAGCUCAAGGUUGGCAUGGAGGAGAUGGCUGCUAGGCUUCUUAUUGUUACACCCUUUAAUCGAUACGCGUGGGUGGCAGAGCCCCCGCAGUCUAUCGCAGAGUACUCGACCCGCCGCAACCUAGUCAUGGGGAACUUUUACUCGGCCCUCGUGGCGAGCUUGCCUGCGGCCAGCAGCUGGUCGACUGAACAGCUCCGUGCCGCUCGUCUCGUGGUUCGCAGCGCCACCACCCGGUCUGAGACAUUUUGGCGAAGCGGAAGCCGCCUGCAGCCAGCCACUCAUCCGAGAUCUCUUGGAGGGCCCAGCGAGGCCAACCUCGACGGCACACUGACCGAUACGGAGGGUGUCGACUUGGACCAGCUUCGAGAAUCGGUGCCCCUUAUUGGGCCGGUCUUUAUCGACAAAUCCCUCCGCUCCAACGGCACAUAUCGGGAUGUGACGGCCGAGGAUAUGACAUGGCCGAAGACUUUCGACACUAUCCUCAGCUCAUGAGUGAGUGGGAACCCAGGUAUGAGCGUUCCUCGCGUUAAGAUCUCGGAAUCCCCAGGAAACUACCUCUACACUUUCGAUAUAUUGAACACGAGGAUUGCGCGUUGUUAUACGACGCAGACAGCCGGACUCUUAGAGUUACGCGGUCGCCAAUCUCUUGGCUUGAUCAGCUCAAGCAUCCAAGGUCAGAAGAGGCAGCGCAGUCGGAUGGCGCAGAAGCAAGGCAAAGACGAAGACGACUUCACGGAGGAGGUUGCAAAUUUGUCGUCGAGCGCGU